AUCUCUCGACCAAGAAUAGCCGAACUCUUGAAGUUAGGGUUUUUGAUUCGCGAUCCGAUUACUUGUUUAACAAUGGUUCUUUUACAAUCAGACCCAUUUCUCAAUGAGCUUACCAGUAUGUUUGAGCGAAACACAGAGCAAGGAUCCGUUUGGGUUACUCUCAAACGUUCAUCUAUGAAGUCAAAAGUGAAGAGAAAUAAGAUGGCCACGGCUGGGGAAGUCAUAGAGUAUAGAUGUCUCAUCCGGGCAACUGAUGGAAAAAAGACAAUCUCUACCUCGGUUGGGGCAAAGGAUCAUCAACGGUUCCAAGCUUCAUACGCCACAAUUCUCAAGGCCCGAAUGACUACCUUGAAGAAAAGGGAGAGGAAGGAUAAAAGAAAGGCUGCUGAAGCCAGAUAAGAAGUAAACAAGCAAGCCUUGACUUCUUACAUAAUUUGUAUUUUCUAUUUUACAUUUUGUUGAACUGGUGAUUACCUUCUUCUCAGCAGAAACCUCCUUGAUUUCUCAUAUCAUAAUUCUGUUUAUUUUUGUUUUGACAAUUCAAGUUUCUAGGGUUUUUGUCUUUUGAUAAUUUCAAGUGAUUACUUAAUACACCCACUGAAUUUGUAAAUGUUUGAAAAAGUUGCUAUCAUAGCUAUCUUCUCUUCUGAGUUGUUUUUCA